GAGGAGGAUCAACCUGGACCCCUUCGACAGCCCAGCCUCCUAGGGCCAGCCGUGCGACUCCCUCCGAGCUGAGCUUGCCCGAGGCGCACACAAGAGAGGCAGGAGAGCAACCGGCCGGGGCAGUUCUGGGGUGGGCGGGGAGGCUGCUGUCCUUGGUGCUGAGCCGGCUCCCAGCCCCGGCUCCGAGGGGGAGCCCCGAGCGGCCCUUCCGCUCCCUCGAACUGGGGCGGCGCGCCGAGGUGGCCUCGAGUCGAAACCCCCGCCCGGCUCGAAAAGACGCAGGGCAGCCCCCGGCGCGGCGCUCGGCCCUUCUUCCAGACAAGUAGUCGCCCCCUUGGGGCAGUUCGUCCCGAAGGGUUUCCUCGAAAGAACCUGAGAGGGCGCAGUCCUUGACUGAGGGAGGGAAUCUCUCUGUUCAGCCUUGGAAGCCACCAGCCGAAGAAGAUGCCUGCCUUCAACAGAUUGUUUCCCCUGGCUUCCCUCGUGCUCAUCUACUGGGUCAGUGUCUGCUUCCCUGUGUGUGUGGAAGUGCCCUCGGAGACGGAGGCCGUGCAGGGCAACCCCAUGAAGCUGCGCUGCAUCUCCUGCAUGAAGAGGGAGGAGGUGGAGGCCACCACGGUGGUGGAGUGGUUCUACAGGCCCGAGGGCGGUAAAGAUUUCCUUAUCUAUGAGUAUCGGAAUGGCCACCAGGAGGUGGAGAGCCCCUUCCAGGGGCGCCUGCAGUGGAACGGAAGCAAGGACCUGCAGGAUGUGUCCAUCACUGUGCUCAAUGUCACUCUGAACGACUCUGGCCUCUACACCUGCAACGUGUCCCGGGAGUUUGAGUUUGAGGCACAUCGGCCCUUUGUUAAGACAACGCGGCUGAUUCCCCUCCGAGUCACCGAGGAAGGUCUGACUACCUUGCCAUUCCAUCGGAGAACAAAGAGAAUUCUGUGGUUCCAGUGGAGGAAUAGAACAGAAGUUGUAUGACAAGAGGUGGCCUGAACUCUGAGGGACUGGAUAUCCCAUGUUCAGUGAUGUCAACAGCAUCAGAAGGGCGUCCCAGAGGCCCCAUCGCUUCCCUUCACACAUUCAUUCUUCCAGUCAGUCAUUCCUAUAUUCACAGACCUCUGAGCUUUCACCUCUGACUUCCUAACUCCAUCAAACCUCUACACACCAUAAGACUUGGCCAGAACUGAAAAGCCAACAUUUCAACAUGGACUCAACCUCAUCCUAGCUUUCCAACAAGAAGCUCCAAAGUCAACUGGAUCUUUUCUGUGCUCUAAAUGACUUUGUACAAGGGCUGGAGGUAGCACCUCCCUCUACCCUUAACUGGCUGGAACUGGCUCAUUCUCUAUUGCACGAGAGUGGAUGUCUUAAUGGAAGGAAGCUGGAGUGAUUUGUUUGGGUUAAAACAAAAGCAUGUCAUGAA